AUGUCGUUAGAAAGGGGCACCAUGGCCGCCGGCGGCGAAUUCGUCGAAGGAUGGCUAGUCGCCCAAGUUUUAGGCGAAGGGACUUAUGGAGAGGUGCGGCUGCUGGUGCACGCUCGCUCGGGCGCUUGCGUCGCGCUGAAGGCGCUGCGGCGUGGCGGUGAGGGGGCGGGGGAGGGUGAGGGCGGCGGCGCCCGCGAGGCGGCGCUGCACCGCGCGCUACGCCACCCGCACGUGCUGCGCUGCCUGGGCGAGCGCGUGCACGCCGACCGCCACUACCUGUUCCUGGAGUACGCGCAGGGCGGCGAGCUCUUCGACCGCAUCGAGCCGGACGUGGGCACGGGCGAGGCGGCGGCGCGGCGCUACUGGCGACAGCUGCUCGCCGGCCUGCGCUACCUGCACUCGCGCGGCGUCGCGCACCGCGACAUCAAGCCCGAGAACCUGCUGCUCGACACGCGAGACCGCAUCAAGAUAUCAGACUUCGGCAUGGCCACACUUUUUAGGGCUGGGCGCCGUGAGCGACUGCUGAACCGUGUGUGCGGCACGCUGCCGUACGCGGCGCCCGAGGUGCUGACGGCCGCCGAGCGACCGUACCGCGCGCCGCCCGCCGACGUGUGGUCCGCCGCCGUCGUGCUGUUCGCCAUGCUGGCCGGCGAACUGCCGUGGGAGCGCGCCAGCGACAGCGAUCCCCGUUACGCGGCGUGGAAGAAGUAUAGCAGUACGUGCAGCGAGGAUGGUGCCGGCGCCGUGCAGCAGCUGGGUGCGGCGUGGGGCAAGCUGGCGGGCGGCGCGCGCGCGCUGUUGGCGGCCGCGCUGGGCCCGGCGCCGGAGCGCGCCGGCGUGGCGACGCUGCUGCACGCCGCCUGGAGCUGCGCGCCGCCGCACCCGCACCCGCGUGCGCCAGGGAGCGCGAAGAGGGAGUGGUGCUCGCAACCGGUGGGGCGCGAGUGUAGUGAGUGGGGAGAGGAUGGUGGCGAUGGGGGAGGGGUCGCGCCCGGCGAGGCUGACCUGCGCGCGCUGCUCAGCUUCUCGCAGCCGGCGCAGCCCGAUGAGCUGCUGCUGGGCUCGCAGCAAGACCAGCUAUCGCAGAUUUAUGUCGUGGUCCAUCCCCAGUCGCAACAUCAGGGCGUGCUGCAGCGGCUGGUGCGACGCUUGACGCGCGUGUGGGUGCGCUGCGACGAGGCACAAGCGCUCGCCGCGCUCACAGACGCGCUGGCGCAGCGACGCUACCUCUGGCGGUACCUGCACCCGCACAGGCUGGCGGUGGAGUGCGGCGACGAGCUGCGCAUGCGCGUGUGGGCGGUGCGCGCGUCGCCGGCGGGCGCGGGGGCGGUGGCAGCCGGCGCGCGCGUCGUGCUGGAGUUCCGGCGCUCGCGCGGCUGCGGGCUGCAGUUUAAGCGGUGCUUCUUGGAGCUGCGCGCCGCGCUGCAGCCGCUCGCCGCGCCGCCGCCCGAGCCGCACGCGCCGCUCGAUGCACCGCUCGACGCACCGCUAGACGCACCGCUAGACACGCCGCACGAGCCCAUGGACGAAACGUGA